UUGCUGAAUUUUUACCCACUCUAUAGUGUUUCAUCAUGCACGCUUUGAAAGUAUACGCUUAUGCGCUUUUCGUAGCAGCCAAACUCGUCACAGGUAUAAUUAUUGAUCUACAGGGACAUUUAUCACUUAAAGUGACCGAUCUAUUUCGUGGCAAAUAUGUUAAUGGAGGGAUAUACACGUGCCUACGAGGCAAAAAUGAGCUCAUACAGAAGGUUUGCUAUCACCAAUCAUGUCUAAAUCUUACUCCUACGAUUGGUAUGAAAGUUAUUUAUACACAUGUUGAAAUAUUUCACCGAGCUACUACAAUCUUCCUUAGAGUUUUCGUUGGGUAUUUAAAUGAACAGAAUGAACCAACGCACCAUCGUAGAGUAUAUAAUAUGACUGAUGGAGUAUUCCGUAGAAGUAAUACCGACAUAUUAUUUUACCAUAUUUGUGGCCCUGUGAUGCUUGACGUGUUUAUGGAACCUGGCAAAACGCAGCAUCCGAUGCUCACUGUUUACGACGAUAUGUCGUUGACCUUAGCACGUCAUGCUUACAGGUUCCAACACCCAUAUCACAUCAAAGCAUUAAAUGGAAACAUUACAGUCUACGACAAACUAAGGUUCAAAGUGGGUAGUCUACAAUUCAGCCAGUUGAGGAACCUAAUAUUGGGAGUGAAAGCAAAGCUAUAUAUGAAUUGUGAAGCAAUCACAGUCCUAGGAACAGAUACACUAUAUGGAAUACAGUGCCAUAACAACAUGAACAUAAAUAUAAACCUGCAAUCAGUGUCUCUCAUAGGACAGUCGGAUGGUAACUACGCCCAAGGUGCCACUGAACAAUAUAACCGAGCCAGUAUUGAGGGAACCGAACAUGGCAACCCAGGUACCGACCUAGCGACGGACUCUAUUGUGGUAUUUGUACCAACGAAUACAACAGAACCCCCGCCAAUGCAAAGGUAUAUGAGAUAUGACAGAGAGACGAACACUGUCAGGUAUAGCAUGGAUGUAAUCAAGGCUAUGUUCCCAACGCGUGAUCCCGAGGAGUCACAAACGAUGGUAGACGUCAGCCUCAAAGCAGUGAGAGCAUAUAUACAAGACGACGAUACCAUUCACAUCAUAGAAGGGCAACAAGAGCAUGGGACGACGGGUGAAACAUGGAUACAAAAGGGGGCAUCGUUAAAUAAGGAAGUGACCGCAUCAAUGGAGUCCCUCGACUCCAGUAGACGCAUCGAUUCGUUAAUAGAUUCCAUUAUAAAUGCAGAAAUGGAUAGGAGAUUUCAUAGGGCAAGUCAGAUGGUAGACUCGGAUACUAGUUGUCCCAAAGUUGCAGACAAUUUUCCACAUCGUGGCCGCUUGAGCACGAGUUCUGUGUACAACGCGUGGAUUAAUACUUCCACAAUUAUUGAUCAUACUGUGGACUAUGCAUUCAGUGAUAGAAGUAAGCCUAGCUCAAGAGCUCUAUUUGGAAAUAACGGCGGUACACAAUUGAAUGGAUCGUUCAGGCAGACAAGAAUAUCUUACCCAAAUAGCGCAGAGCAUUUUGGAGUUCAGACCCCUUUCCAACAUGGAUAUGAAUCAGAUGGCAGCCAUACAGGAUCUCCUCAAGUGCUUCCCAGUACGUCAUGUCAUCCAGAAAAUAUAUCUUACGAGUACAACCGAUCAAUGGGGGCAGCUGACCUAUUAGAAUCCUCAUCAGACACCCCAGUAAAUCUAAGGUCGGCUGUUGAUCCGGGUGAUGGACCAUUAGGUACAGCAGAAAUAUAUAGCAGUACACCAUCGACAUAUGGCAGCCAAUCGUGUUUGAGUAGAACACUUAUAACGAGUGAAGAUCCUUCAACCUCUGCAAUUACAUCAGGCCAUGUAGAGAAUGGCAUCAGUGAAGACGUUAUAUAUGCUACUAGCUCCUCCUCUGAUGCGACAAUGUCCGACGUAAUCCCUCUAAUAAAGGAUGUUAGCCCUCCUAACACAAAUAAAAAAGGUGACGGAUGGUUCACCUUCAACCCGCCAAAAGAAUCACCAAUAACUGUUAUUAUAUAUACCAAUGACCUGAACCAAACCAUGGCACCCGAAGUUGUAAUUGCCAAAACUGAUAUCAAUUCUAUGGGCACCUAUACGGGUUUCGCUAUAUCCCGUGAGAACGUGUUGAACUACCGCAUAUCAGGAGUCAUUGACGCAAGCCGUCAUGAAUCUACCUUGUUUAUAGAGCCACCCAACGCACUGCUGAGUGAGGUGGAAUCAUUCCGAUGCAACGACAAUUUGUGGCAUUAUGUCAUCAUCCAUACUGUAUGCAUUGGAGCAGGUGUACCCACCGUGACACAGACAAUAUACCAGGAGGUCAUGGAUGGAAAUUCACCAACGUAUAAAAAAUUGGACAGUAUAGAUGCGGAUGCAUGGGCCUUCUUCGACCAGAUGAGACCCAAAUAAUUGGGUCCAACAUAUCUAUGUGAUUUAAUACUACCGAUUGCCUCUUAUC